GCUCAGACCUCCCAUCCUGUCCUUGCAAUGAGCCCCGACCGUCUCCGCAAUCACACCGCUCCGGGAUCAGCGCGUUCUCACCCAGGAGGAGUUUACAACAAUAAGAACACAAAAGUGGUAUUGAUGUCAUAAUGCUGAUGUUUGAUCCAGUACCCAUUAAGCAGGAGGCCAUGGAGCCCAUGCAAAUGUCAUAUCAAGCCAGCUACUUAGAGUCACUGAAGACAAACAAUAAAUACAGCGUCAUUUAUCCAACCCCAGGCAUGCUGCACAGUAAGCUCUACCCAUGCCACGAAGCAUUUCCUGGUUUCCAAAUGGAGCCAGUGGAUCUCACUACCAACAAAAGGAAUUCACCGCCCUCCAGUGGAAGCUCCCCGUCUCCUGCCAAAUACCAGUCACCCAAGAGAAGCUCUCCAAUAUUAUUUAUGCCCUCAUCCAGUCCGCCAAUGAAAAAAUUAACCCCAUCGCCACCUGCUGUGUCACAUUACCAAAUGCCAUUGGCUAUUAACCCUUUAUUAUCUGCCUUCCCGAGACAGACUUACAGGAAUCCAGGACUCCUACCCCUCUUACAGCCAGUGGUUGUACAACCAGUUCAUGUACAGUCAUUAAUGUAUGCACCUCAUCUACAACAGCAAAUCAUGGUGUCCACAGUUCUAGCGGAAGAGAUGGAAAGUCAAAGCAACAAGCACAUACCUAUGACAGUCUCUGACUUUUAUGAACACUCUCCUCUAUUAAAAAAUAUAAAAGUGGAGCCUGGUCUGGAACAAACAAUAACAGAAGCUUACCCAGAACAAAUGUCACCUGGUAAUAGUACGCCCCCUAAAGGAAUGUUCCAUGAACAUCACCCAUCAGUUAUAGUACAUCCAGGAAAGAGGCCACUACCAGUGGAUUCUCCAGAGACACAGAGGAAGAGAAGGAUACACAGAUGUGAUUAUGAUGGCUGCAACAAAGUUUACACAAAAAGUUCCCAUUUAAAAGCACACCGGAGGACACAUACAGGGGAAAAGCCUUAUCAGUGUACUUGGGAAGGAUGCACAUGGAAGUUUGCCCGCUCUGACGAACUGACUCGGCAUUUCCGUAAACACACUGGAAUCAAACCAUUUCAGUGCCCAGACUGUGACCGCAGCUUUUCCCGCUCGGACCACCUCGCCCUGCACAGAAAGAGACACAUGCUUGUCUGAACGGCUUUUGUAAUUUUUUUAUAUUCAGCAAAAUCUGGAUUCAGCUGGUCUGAAUCACAAGCCUACAAUUCCAUAGGGUCAGUGGAUGAUGUUCUCUUAACCUCAUUGUACUUGCCACGGGUCAGACCUAAGAAUGUGAACUUUUUAUUUUGUGUUUUUUUUUUUUUUUGGUUGGUUUUUGUUUUUAUAUGGAGGAUAAGCAGUAACUUCCUGCCCUUUAUGACACCUCAGGAAAUGGAAAACAAACAUGGACAAUGUACUGCUUCACGUGUACUUGCAAGCCAUAUAUCUAUAUGAAAUAACUUAUACCUGUAUUUAAUUAUCAACACAAUGCCUAGUCUGCUUCAUCUUGCCACAUUCCUCACACUUGUUAGUGCUCAAUUUUUAUUCUUUUUUUUAUUGUCCACAAUUAAAGAAUUACAUUGUUGAAAAGUACUUUGAAUGGCGUAGGAUUUCUUGUCCCUUGUUUCUGUUUUAUGUUGUAAUGCCUGAAUACAAGAAACGCACUUUGGAAAGAGAAAAAAAAAUGGACACCAAAUGUAUGCAGUUCUCACAAAUGCUUUUAUUUGUUUGAUGUUUCUGUCAUGGACUGAUGGUUUUUAAUGCCUUAAUCAAGAAGAAAUUUGACGCUACACUUUAUUAUUAUUUUUUUAAAUAGCCCAUUGUAUUCUACAUAUGUAUCUACCUAUUCAUUAGAUUUACAGUUUGUCUAUGCCAUGUAUUAUGAUGUGCAAUGUACUUGAAUAAUAUUAAAAGUAUAUAUUUUUAAAAUAAAUAAUUUGUACAGAAGGUU